CACUACCCAAAAAAAAAAAAAAAAAAAAAAAAGAAACCAAUUUUGCGGUUUCAUACAUUUUCUAUAUUUUUCUCUCCUGAGGAGGUGUUUAAACACCUCUUCGGAUUUUCUCUGAUUUCCGUUCUCUUCUGAAAAAAAAUCAUCACCAAAAUUUGUUUCAAUUUUCUCUCCAUGGCGUUUGAUAGCUUCACGGACAAGAACGUUGUUUUCAGAAAACUGAAAGCUAAAUCAGAAAACAAGAUGUGUUUUGAUUGUAACGCUAAGAAUCCUACUUGGGCAUCCGUUACAUAUGGGAUUUUCCUUUGCAUCGAUUGCUCGGCUGCUCAUCGCAGUCUUGGUGUGCAUAUCAGCUUCGUCAGGUCAACAAAUUUAGACUCAUGGACUCCUGAACAGUUAAGAAUGAUGUGCUUUGGCGGAAACAACCGUGCACAGGUUUUCUUUAAGCAGCAUGGAUGGACUGAUGGAGGCAAAAUUGAGGCUAAGUAUACAUCAAGAGCUGCCGACUUAUAUCGGCAGAUACUUUCAAAAGAAGUUGCUAAAAGUAUGGCUGAAGAGGUGGGCUUGCCUUCAUCACCUGUUGCAUCUCAAUCAGGACAAGCUUCUAAUGGGCUUCCUCAUGUCAAGACCAGUGAAGCUCCAAAAGAGAACUCUUCAGGUAGGGAGGAAAUUCCUGAAGUCUCUGCUUCACCAAAAGCUUCACCAAAAGCUUCUCAUCCAGUUCUUACCAGUUCUGUCAAGAAGCCUCUUGGUGCAAAGAGAACCGGGAAGACAGCUGGCCUUGGUGCCCGAAAGCUUACUACAAAGCCAAAUGAAAGUCUAUAUGAUCAGAAGCCAGAAGAACCAGUGGUUCCAGUUUCCUCAUCAAGUAACAACAACAUCCCCACAACAGGCUCAUCAUUUGCAUCUCGUUUUGAGUAUGUAGAUAAUGUGCCACCUGCUGAGAUAAAUUCUAGUGGCCCACAUGUGCUUAGCCAUGUAUCUCCACCAAAGUCGUCAAGCUUCUUUGCAGAUUUUGGUAUGGAUAGUGGUUUCCCGAAGAAAGGUAGUUCACAUACCUCUAAAAUACAGAUUCAGGAAACUGAUGAAGCAAGAAAGAAGUUCUCAAAUGCAAAAUCGAUUUCAUCUGCCCAAUAUUUUGGGGACCAGAGCAAAGCUGCUGAUAAUGAGGCCCAAGCAUCCUUGCAGAAGUUUUCUGGUUCAACUGCCAUCUCUAGUGCAGAUCUUUUUGGUCAAAGGGCAGAUAAUUCCAAUAUUGAUGUCACUGCUAGUGAACUCAUCAAUCGACUUUCCUUCCAGGCACAACAGGACAUCUCUUCCCUUAAAAAUAUUGCAGGGGAGACCGGGAAGAAGCUCUCCUCCUUGGCAUCCACUUUGAUUACUGAUCUUCAGGACAGAAUCCUCUGAUUUUGAUAUCAUAUGCUUUUUUGUUUAUUUGUUUAUGGUGCCAGCCAAUAGCUUCCAUGUAGUGAAUGUAAAAAAGAGUUGAUUAUAAAAAUUCUUUUAAAGACAAAAAUAAUACUUAUAUAACUAUCCUGGCUUUGGGACUGGCUGGUGUUUAUAUUUUAUAGAGGUGAUGCUUUGAGAUUUUUGAUUGUAUGCAUUCUAGAUUCUUAUGGGGAAUGUAUUUUUCUUUUUUCUUGUU